UGCUGCAACCAGCUUCCCCUUCCCUCUCGAAGCUUUCGGGUUCGGCCGCCUCCCAUUCCCAGUCUUCUCCUUCUCCUCGUCUUCUCAAAGUGCCGCGAGAGAUUAGGCCGCGCCCCCUCGCUCGAGCUCUGUCUCUCUAGUUUCGCAGUUCAUCGGAUGGCGAAGGGAGCCGCCCAAAAACCCUCGGAGGGAACACGACAUUCUUCACCUGCCAUGGAUCUGAAAGCUCGAAUCCAUGAGCACUCCCUCUUCUUCGAUCGUCUCGUCGAUUUGAUCCCUGCCCGCUUCUACGUUCCCGUUCCCGACGCCGAUGAACGGCCGUGGUUCCAUGGCCUCAGCAAGUCCGCGAAGGCCAGCGCGAAGAAAGAGUCUCGCGAGAACAUCAAGAAAGCUCGCCGUGCCCGCUAUGACCCCGAGAGAGCCGCAUCCACGCUCGACCUACUGAAAAAGAAUAUUGAUGACGAGAAGAAAUCGUUUGCUUCUUUAGAUGAAGAAAAACCUAACUCUGACGGCGACAGUGGGAGCGAUCGGGAGGCGGAGGUGGAGGAUCCUCACCCUGUCGUUUCCAGCGAUCGGCCAGUCACUUACGAGGAACUCCGUCGCCGUCUCCAUCGACGGAUCGAAGAACUCCGUGGAAAUCGCAACACUAGGACCGUGGAUAAGGAUGAGAGGAGAGAGAAGAAGAAAAAGAAUAAAAUGCAGACUAGAAAGGGUGAAGAUGUUUCUCAACGGAAGAGGAAGAGAGAUGAAGAGUCUAAUAAUGAUGGCCAUGAUGCUGUUAAGAGAAAAGAGGAGAACAAGAGGGUGAAGUUUGAUGAUAUCUCUUAUGGCCGGGUAAAAUUAGGGGGGGUGGAGGAGAGGGGAAGGAAAAAAAGAAAGUUUUCGAAACAUCAGGAGCUUGAAAAAGCUAAAAAAUUGGAGGAUGCAAAGAAGGAUCCUGAAAAAGGGAAGGUAGUUGCUGAGAAACAUUCAUGGAAGACAGCCAUGAGUCGAGCUGUGGGAGAGAAGGUUCACGAUGACUCUAAAGUGCUGCGGCAGAGCUUGAAGAAGGAACAGAAGAGGCAUCAAAAGCAUGCUGAAAAGUGGAAGGAAAGAAUUGAGAGCCAGAUUAAAGUCAGGGAAGAGAAGCAGAAAACUAGGACUGAGAAUAUAAGGGAGAGGAUACAACAGAAAAAGAAGAGGAGGAUUGAGAAGAGGGAGAAGAAGCUCAUGCGUCCAGGAUUUGAGGGCCGCAAGGAUGGGUAUAUCAAUCAAUGAGUGAGGUAUGUUAUUCCUUUGCAUUCUGUUUUGUAAGAUUGUUUAAGCUUAAUAUGCAACAUUUGGUUAGAGAAUAUCUGACAAUCAUAUAUAGGUAUUUUGCAGGUGCGCAGUUUCUUAUUUUAAAAACUAUGUUUUUUUUAAUGCAUAAAAUGGUUCCCAAAAUGAACAUUGAAAGGAUAUUUGUCCUCAGUACCCAAAUCUUAAUGUAUAAAGUGCAUGUC